UUCAGAAUCGCCGAGUAAUUAUUGACUCUGUUUUUGACCGGCAACUCCGAAAAAUUUCGUUGGAGCGUGACGCUCAAAAAUGGCGUCUCAACCAAAGCGAGCAAGAGCCUUUAAUUUUGAUAUUGACAGAGAGGAAAUGCUUUCUUUUAUCAUGGAUGAUGCCCUUAGUGAUGAUAGCAGCUGUGGAGGGAUUUCUAGUUCAGAAGAAUCGGAUUUGAACCGAGAAAUACUCGCUGAAAGUGAAGAAUCGAGUAAUGAUCAUGAGGAGGAACAACAGGAGACCGAUUCACCACCACCAGACUCAGAUCCCUCAUCAGGUGAGGAAAGUGAUCCAGACUUCAAUGUUCCCCUUUCUGCUGUGCAUUCUUGUAGACCUGUUAGAGCUGGUGCUGUUGGACGAGCCGGUGCUGUUGGACGAGCCGGUGCUGUUGGACGAGCCGGUGCUGUUAGACUAGCUGGUGUUGUUAGACGAGCCGGUGCUGUUGGAAGAGCUAGUGCUGUUGGUAGAGGAGUUGGUGUUGGCAGGCCCCGUGGUGCUGGUAGAAGAGUUGGUGUUGGCAGGGCUCGUGGUCAAAGAAAUGUCGGGAGAGGUGCUGUUGGAGUUCAGAAUGCUGCUCAACAAGGGGAAAAAAGCUAUAACCACCCAGAUACUAGCAAUAUAUUACCACCCUUUGCACCUAGACGGCCACCUGGCUUACACUCAGACCAGCCAUAUCURAGAAACACUUUAACCACAGCCAUUGAAUUUUUCCAGCUGUUUUUUACAACUGAUAUGACAAAUGAUAUAUGUAUGCAUACUAACAGCUAUGCAUAUCUAAAGAUAGCAGCUACUGGAGUACAACAGUCUUACACUAGGCCAGAUGGUAGCUGGCUGGAUACAAAUCCAGAAGAAAUCAGGAAGCUAAUAGCUGYCCUCAUCUAUUUUGGUCUUGUCAAAGCUAGUACUUUUGACAGAUAUUGGAGCACAAAGACACUCUAUCAUGGUCUUUGGGCCAGAGCCUUUAUGCCUAUCAACAGAUUCAAAGCUCUUAUGGCUAUGCUCCAUGUUGUCCACCCCGCAGCUGAGGCCCCUGGUAACAAGCUAAGGAAAGUGCAGUCUUUUAUAGAUGCAUUUAAAGCCCGYUGCCUUAGUUUAUACYAGCCUAAGCAAAACCUGGCCGUUGAUGAACGGAUGGUAAAAUCCAGACACAGGUCAGGCAUAAGGCAGUAUAUAAGGGAUAAACCAACCAAGUGGGGUAUAAAGCUGUGGGUGUUGGCGGAUAGUAGUAAUGGUUAUACCUGUGACUUCAAUGUUUACAUUGGCAAGGCUGCAGGUAGAAAUGUCAGUGCCAAUGGUCUUGCAUAUGAUGUGGUCUUAAAACUUAUGCAACCUUUUCUCCACCAAGRUUAUCACUUAUAUUUUGAUAAUUUCUAUACAUCUUUUCCAUUGGUGAGAGAUUUGUACCAGCUUGGGGUGCCAUGUACUGGUACCAUGAUAGAAAGUCGAAGAGAAUUCCCAGUAGUUCUCAAAAAUGGGAAGACUUGGGCAAGGGGAAAAGAUCGUGGAAGCAUGAGGUGGGACAGGACCCCASCUGUUCUUACCCUGCAGUGGAAGGACAACAAGGUUGUUUCCCUCUUGACAACCAUUGGUAAUGCCAAUGAAGCAUGUCAGGUGACGAGAAMGGUYAAGACUGGAAAUGUCUGGAGGCAGAUCAAUGUCCAACAASCAGCAGCAAUCAAGCAGUAUAACUCUUAUAUGAAUGCUGUUGAUCGCUCUGACCAGAUCUUGGCUAACAACAACUGUCUCAGAAAGUGUAUGCGUUGGUGGAAGACUCUCUUCUUUCACCUAAUUGACAUAGCUAUUGUCAACAGCUAUAUUCUAUUUAGGGAGCAUAGAGCCAACAACCCCAAUGUCGAAGCCCUUCGGAGACCAAAGUCUUACUCACUCCUUGAUUAUAAGGAAGAGCUUGUCAGACAACUAGCUGGUAUUGGUGAUGAUGAUGCUCUCCCAACUAGCRGCAAGGUCAAACCUUCKGGACAGUUCUUUACAGAACACUUACCUGUGUUUUCAGAGGAUGUUCGACGCAACUGUGUUGUUUGUUAUCGUGAGGGGAGAGGUCAGCUGAGGGUGGCCUCAUAUUGUGAUGCCCCUCAAUGUCAGGUGUUCCUACACAUAACUAGUGCUAGGAAMKGCUUCAGGGUGUGGYACAGCAAGGACUAUCACCAUGACUAGUUUUAUAUUCAGUUUCCCGACAUUGUGCCGUAAGAAACCGUGUAUCAAUUGGCUGUAUAUUUAUGAACUAAAAUGUUUACCUCCUUUUGCCUUUUUGCAUUGCAGGUUUGUUUGCCUAAGAAACACUAAGGAAAACCGUAAGCAAUGUUGAAAAYGAAGUGUAUUGUCCUACAUAUUUUAUUGCUUUAGUGAAUAAAGAUGAAAAAAAUUC